AUUCCGUAUAAAACUCACCUUCACCCACAGCACCGUCAACUCUUGUAUCAGAGAUAGCAGCAGAAUAGAAAUCAACACUGAAGUAUAAAUGGCACAGCUGGAGAUCGAGGUGGUCACCGGAGCAAUCAUCAGGAACAGCUACGCAAGGACCCAUAUGCCAACCUUAUGUUGCAGCAGGAAAAGGAUUGGGUUUCAAAGAUCCAGAUGAUGCAGUUACAAAGCACUGAUCCCUACCUGGAUGAUUUUUACUACCAGAACUACUUUGAAAAGCUGGCGAAACUCUCAGCAGCUGAGGAAGUGCAUGGAGAUGGUCCCAAGAAAGAACGUACCAAGCUGAUCACCCCCCAAGUGGCAAAGCUGGAACAUGCCUACAAGCCAGUGAAAUUUGAGGGCUCUUUGGGAAAACUUACUGUCUCUAGUGUGAAUAAUCCCCGGAAAAUGAUUGAUGCUGUGGUAACAUCCCGGAGUGAAGAUGAUGAGACCAAAGAGAAACAAGUUCGGGACAAGAGACGAAAGACACUCGUUACAAUUGAGAAGACGUACAGUCUGCUCCUGGAUGUGGAGGAUUAUGAAAGGCGCUAUCUUCUAAGCCUGGAAGAGGAGCAGCAAGCACAGAUGGAGGAGAGAAAGCAGAAGAUAUGUGGCAUGUACGACAACCUGAGAGGGAAAUUGCCUGGACAAGAGAGGCCAAGUGAUGACCACUUUAUGCAGAUCAUGUGUAUCCGUAAAGGGAAGAGAAUGGUUGCCCGUAUUCUUCCUUUCCUUUCCAAAGAGCAGGCAGCUGACAUCCUCAUGGCAACAGCCAGGAACCUGCCCUUUCUGAUCAAGAAGGAUGCCCAGGAUGAGAUUUUACCUUGCUUAUUGAGUCCCUUCGUGGUCGCCAUCUGUUUCCAUGUAUACCAGGUAAGGAUCACUAUCAUCGUCACCACCAUCAUCACUACCAUCAUCUUUAUCAUGGACGUUAUCUUCAGCAUCACUCAUCAUCAACAUAAAUUAUUUCUUGGUCAUACGUGA